UACAAAGUGACAUAAAUCGCGAUUCGUUUCUUUGUUUUUGCCGGUGUUUUAUUGUUUUCGCAGAUUUACAUAAUUAUUAAUUAAAUGGCAAACAGAAGUUGGAGCAAUCAAAGUCAAGAUUGGGACCCAAUGAGAGAUGAUUACAAUAACUCAUCAUUUGACCCACAAUAUGCUGAUGAUAACGCUGGUGGUGCUGUAAGGCUUGAUCAAUCUCGUUUAUACAUAACUAAUAUACCGAAGAAUUUAAACGAAGAUGGACUGCGUACCGUAUUUUCUACAUUUGGUACACUAAAAGAAACAUUUCUUAGUCGUGAUCAGAAUAAGCGGUUUGCUCUGGUCAAAUAUGAAACACCAGGGGAAGCGAAGCUUGCAAUGAUGAAACUGAAUAGAGCUGAACCACUCAAACUUGUUGUACACAUAGCACAUAAGAAAAACAAGACUAGUACGAACGAAACGAGAGACCAUGGUAGCAAUCAUAUGUCACAGAUGUCCAGAGAUGAGACAUCUAGUGUUUGCAGCAGGGGACGGAAUAGUCGUAAAAUGGAUGACACUCAACUAUCUAUAAAUAGUGAGGGAGAUAUGGAUGAAUUGAUGGCGGAAGAUGAAUUGGGUUUGGUGAACAGCUCUGACCCUGACCUUCAUUUGGAACUGGUCCAGCUGAAGAUGGAGCGCAUCAAACUGCAAGAGGAGAAGCUGGAGUGCAAGAGGAUGAUGAUUCUUAACAGAGCAGGAAGAAAGUCGGUUCCGUUAAGUUCCAAAGAUAGGAGUAUUCUUCCCGAUGGAAGGAUUGUUGUGAGAACUAACAAUGACAGACCCAAUGAUGUGACUGAUUCGGAGAGUUUUGGUGUUGGCAGUGGUGAUGCGCUAAAACUUCCUGGGCUGCAGCGUGACGCGUCACGCGCUUGCGUGUCUUGUGGCAUGCACGCGGACGCGUACUGCUCGAGGUGUGCUGUCACGCCGUACUGUAGUCUCGCGUGUCAACAGCGUGACUGGAGUGCGAGGCAUCACGCUGUAUGUCACAAUCUCGCAAGGUUGGCUGUAGGAAAUGCACCAAAUCCCGUGUCAACUGCACCCACCAAUUUACCAACAUUGCAACCCACCGCACCAUUACGUCGACCUCAUUCCCCGAUGAAGAAUAUAAGAAGAUUCCAGAAUACUGAAGAUGAUGGUGUUGGAUCACAAGUGAGAUCCCAUCGUUUAAACACGAAUUAUAGUUAUCAAAAUGGUCAAAACAAUAGAACACAAGAUAGACCUGGCAAUAGACAGAACAAAACAAUUCAAAAUAAAAACAAUAAAACUGAAAACACACAAACUCCAGAUAGAAUUGAGAAUAAAGGUAACAUACCUCCGUUACGACGACCGCAGAUACAAAAUGUAAUGGAAGAAGAUUGGACAAAUACACAAGCAGCGGGGCCUAGUAAUAUUAAACUAGCAAUGAAAUCAAUAAAAACAAUACCUGAUAAGUCAACAGAUGAUAAGAAAGUUAUCAAACCAUUAUCAGUAGAAGAUGUAACACCAACAAAGAAAUAUGUACCUAAAACAUGCUUAGUGGAGACGAUGUCUAUUGGUGACAUAGUGAUGGUGUCAAUAGACAAGGUGGCAUCGGAAUGCAGAAUCAAUGGGCCCGGGUACAUUGGUGUGUCAUUACAUGAGAAAUAUGAAGGAGAUUAUAUGAGUCUUUGUGAUGAAUAUGCCGCGGAUUGUGAAAAAGAAGGGAAAUUUACUCCUAGCCCAGGCGAUUUAUUCUCAUAUUAUAAUAAUGAAGAUGGUGCCUGGUACAGAGCUAGAUGUCUGAGUAAUAAUCUAGCCGCAUUGAUAGACAGCAGUUCUAUUGUCAGUAUGACGUCACAAUGCAGAGUUCUACCUGACAAGUAUACAGAUAUACCGGAGUUUUCUUGCUAUAUUCAUGUUAAAGGUGUUGAAAUCGGUGAUAAUGUGAAGUGUACACUGAAAACCAAACUAAAAGAUGGCUACAUUGUAGCUGUUGAGAAUGUCGCGAGCGGCGCUAGUGUCGGCGAAGGAGAAAUUAAAAGAUGGUGUCCCGAAAUUGAAUAUUCAGUUGCUAGUGUCGCUCUAGUGAUACCGGAGAUCUUGCGACCGGACGUGUGCGACAAGUCGCGCGUACUUUUAGUCGAAGCUACGGAGCUGAAGCGCGCGUUUGUACGCAGCGCUGACGUCACUGCGCAACGACGAUACGAUUCUGUGCUACAGGGUGUUGUGUUGUAUGGACAGAGUGCGGAACCUUUAACGGAACCACCAAAUAAAGGUCAACUAGUCGUAGCAAAGUAUUCAGAUGGACUUCACUAUCGUGCUAUUUGUAAAAGAACUAACGUUAAGCAGAAUAAAUAUUUACUAGAAUAUGUUGAAUUUGGUAACUUAGAAAUAUCAAAGUUAGAAGAUCUUUAUCCGUGUCCAGAGGAGUUUGACCUCUCUUCUCAGCCGGCUGAAGCCAGCCAGGUGUCUCUGUUGACUGGUGACUUUAAUAUCACACCAUCCGCUGUUGAAUAUAUUGAACAUUUGAAGGAUUCCUGCAUUGAAUUGAUACUGACAAAUGCAAAUGGUGCAAAGACAGCGCCAAGUGGUGCAGAAGUAAAACUCGUGGUUGCCGACACAAAGGAAUGUGUGAAUACAAAAUUGGAGGAAUUAUGUACACCGGAGUGGAAGAAAAUGGAGAAAAUAGGUGUAGAUGUUAUUGAAACUCCUUGUAUAAUGUAUAGUGAUUUGGAACAGUUGGAAUUACCAGAAAGUGGCUGCGAGAUUGAAGUGUUGGAUAUCAGCUCGCUAGAUGGCGCAACUAUAUCUGGUUAUAUGAAGGGGGAGACACUAGCUAAGAAGAUUCUAGAAGAAUUGUCUCAACAGAUGGAGGCAUAUUGUAAUAGUGAAAUUGGUAAAGAGCCUUAUUUGCCCAAAUUGGAAGAAUUGUGCAUCGCGCAAUGCCCGCCUUAUCCUCAAUGGUUCCGCGCAGUAUUCUGUGAGCAAGUGUCCGGAGCUGGUGGUGUGAGUGCUCGUCUAUGUUAUAUUGACUACGGCAAUAUGGAAGUAGUCCCUGUUGUUGCUCUGAGGAAAAUGUUGCCGGAAUUUGUCACUGGAAUACCGGCGCUGGCGUCGCAUUUGGAAAUUAAAGAUUUUCCUAAAGUACCAUCAGCGGAACAAUUAUCUAAAGCCAUACAACAUAUGGAGAUAAAUGACGAGGGUAGAGGUCGUCUCAAGGUCACCAAAUGUACCAAACUAGAUAAAGGAUUGUAUUUAGUUGAUGCCCCCGAUUUGAUAGCAGCUAUGAUGUAAUACUCAGACAAUGUUGGGCAAAUAUUGGUUAAGCAAAGUUGGGCAAAAAUUUAGUUGUUCAAAGCUGGGCAAAUAUUUAUUUGCUCUACGUUGGGCAAAUAUUUAGUUGCUCUACCUUGGGAAAAUAUUUAGUUACUGUACGUUGGGAAAAUAUUAAGUUGCUCUAAUUAGGGCAAAUAUUUAGUUGCUCUACGUUGGGCAAAUAUUUAGUAGCUCUAAGUUGGGUAAAUAUUUAGUUGCUCAAAGCUGGGUAAAUAUUUAGUUGCUCUAAGUUGGGUAAAUAUUUAUUUGCUCAAAGCUGGGCAAAUAUUUAGUUGCUCUAAGUUGGGUAAAUAUUUAGUUGCUCAAAGCUGGGCAAAUAUUUAGUUGCUCUACGUUGGGCAAAUAUUUAGUUGCUCUAAGUAGGGCAAAUAUUUAGUUGCUCUACGUUGGGCAAAUAUUUAGUUGCUCUAAGUAGGGCAAAUAUUUAGUUGCUCUACGUUGGGCAAAUAUUUAGUUGCUCUAAGUAGGGCAAAUAUUUAUUUGCUCUAAGUAGGGCAAAUAUUAAGUUGCUCUAAGUAGGGCAAAUAUUUAGUUGUCCAACUUUGCUCUACUUAUUUGCAAAUGAUUUGUAAAUUUUGUUUUUUUCCCACUGAUAGAAGUUUGUUCAGUACUAGGCAAUCACUAAACUAUUAUUCUUAAGAGUUAAGUUAGGUUGUAUUUAAUAUUAUUAACUUAUGCCCACUUUUGGGCAUUAUUGUAUAUUUUCCAUACUUGACUUCUUAGAAUUUCUGUUCACUAUUGGGCGAUAUUUUUUCAAGACAUGAUAUGAUUGAUCUUAUAUAUUUACUAUAGUAAUUAGGAUUUGACUUUGACAAAGCAAUUUUUGUAUUGACAACAUAAAGGAAAACUGCAAUAUUAAUCUUACUGAUAUUAUAAAUGCGAAUGUUUAGAUGUAUCUUCAAAACUGCUUUAUGUAUCUCGCUGGAAUUUGAUUAUAGAUGUAGAACAUAGUCUGGAAGAACACAUAGACUACUUAUUAAGUUAUUUUUUAAUUUGACGCGGACGGAGUCGCGGUUGACAACUAUUAUAAUAUUUACACGAUUUAAACUGUCACGUAUGUUCGUCCGGUGUCUAUACCGAUUAGGGCCCCUUAGGGCCCUUCAUUAGUAAGUUAGUUUCCGUCUCCGCGAGGUACCCGUCUCAUUCACCCUAAUAAAGGGCCCCGAUGGGACCAAAACUGGUAGAAACUUAGCGGAGUCGCUCAUAAAAUACGAAAGUAAGUAACUUUUCAAUU